AUGGCCGCUGAACGCUUAAACUCCAUCCUCAGCCACCUUCGGGGCAACAAGGGUGUCGCCACUAUUACACAGAAAAACCCCGAUGAUGUCGUCAUCACCCUCUCUCUCCGCACGCCCCUCACAAAGGCCCGCAAGGGCGGUUUCAAGGACACAGACCUCGACUACCUCGUCUACGCCCUCCUCAAGGAAGUCAUCGCGAAGAGCCAGAUCGACCCUGCGCUUGUCGAGGACGUCUGUCUCGGAAACGUCAACGAUGGCAAAGCCGCCUACCUCGUGCGCGCCGCCUCCCUCGCAGCCGGAAUCCCCCACACAGCGGGCGCCUCCUCCGUAAAUCGUUUCUGCUCCUCAGGCCUAAAGGCAGUUCAGGACAUCGCGAACCAAAUUCAGCUCGGCGCCAUCGACGUUGGUAUUGCGCUCGGUGCAGAACUCAUGAGCGCGGGUGGCGACCGGCUCAACAAGCCGUUCAACGAGGAAGUUCUGAAGAACCAGGAGGCCGCGGACUGCAUGCAGCCUAUGGGACAGACGAGCGAGAAUGUGGGUAAGGACUUCAACAUCAGCCGUGCGCAGCAGGAUGUGUAUGCUGCAGAGUCGUUCCGGCGCGCGGAGGUCGCGCAGAAGGCUGGGUGGUUUGAUGAUGAGAUUGUGCCCAUUACUACAAGGGUGAAGGAUCCGAAGACUGGGGAGGAGAAGAGCGUUACACUGAGCAAGGAUGAUGGCGUGCGGUAUGGGACGACUGUUGAGUCGCUGUCGAAGAUUCGCCCUGCGUUUCCUGAUUUCGGGGAUAGGAGCACUGGUGGAAACUCCAGUCAGGUUACCGAUGGUGCCGCUGCGGUGCUGCUCAUGAGGCGCUCCAAGGCUAUUGAGUUGGGACAGCCCAUUCUCGCCAAGUUCGUCGGCGCCACAGUUGCUGGUGUCCCGCCUAGGGUUAUGGGUAUCGGGCCCACCGCUGCGAUCCCCAAGCUUUUGGAGAAGUUCAGCCUGACCAAGGAGGAUAUUGACAUCUUUGAGAUAAACGAGGCGUUUGCCUCCAUGGCUGUUUACUGCGUUGAGAAGCUGGGACUGGACCAUGCUAAGGUAAACCCGAGAGGUGGUGCAAUUGCCCUCGGUCACCCGCUGGGCGCGACCGGUGCUCGCCAGAUCGCGACGAUUCUGAGCGAGGCCAGGCGGACUAAGAAGAAGGUUCUAGUGACAAGUAUGUGCAUUGGCACUGGGCAGGGUAUGGCUGGACUGUUUGUGAAUGAGCAGCUGUAA